CGAUAUCAUAUAAGAACAAAUAAGUCUCAUGAACAAAGAUGUUUAGUCGUAUAAGUGAGAAAGACUGAGAAACAUCAAAGGAUAGUGAGAUGUCGUAAAUGAUCGUUGUCCUUUGAGUUAGACUGUGACAUAUAAGAGCUUCUUCAAAACACAUUCGAGGAAAUGGAUAAAAUAGAAUUCUUUUGUGACGCUUUGAAACGUAUUCGCAUUGAAACUGAAAAUGGUGCGGAUCGAAUAACCGAAGAAGGUAUACUACCGACCACAAUAAAUGGAAUACCAAUACGGAAAUUGUUUGUUAGUAAUGUAGCACAAAGGACUACGUAUAAAGAAUUAGCUGCAUUAUUUUCUAAAUAUGGAAAAGUUGAAAGUUGUUAUUUGAAAACAACUCACAGUAAAAAUAAUUAUGCAUUUGUUACGUUCAGUAAUGUUACGAGCGCAAUAAGAGCAAGAGAAGAUGGAAGUAAGAAAGAAAUUAAUUUACAUAAUAGAGAUUUAAAAGUUAUGCCAGCAGAUCCGUGGCAUCAACCAGAUAGUAUACAAAUUAAAAGUUAUACUUUGAUAAAGGAUAUAAAUAAAUCUCGUAAGAAGUCUUCUAUGGAAGAAACUAAUCAUAAUUCUGUACAAAAUUAUAUAAAUGCUCCGAUUGAUGCUUUAAAUGACGAUUGUUUAAUGCACAUUUUUCUUUAUUUACCAAUUAAGAAUAGAAUUGUUAUAGAAAGAGUAUGUAAACGUUGGAGGGCUGUGGCUCAAAAAUCAUGGUAUGCUGUAAAAAAGUUAGACCUUUCUUAUCAUACAUGGGGAAUUUCACCAGAUGAUAAAAAGAUUUGUACAUCCGAUUUACGUGAAGUAUUAUUACGAUGCGGUAGAUUUUUAAAUCAUAUAGAUUUUUCGCAAUGUUAUCCCUCUUUAACACGAAGUACUUUACUCAUUAUUGGUAGAUUUUGUCAUAAUUUAGAAAUAGUUGAUAUUAGCGGACUUGAAAUAUCUUCAUCAGGCAUAGAAUUAUUAGCUAGGAAUUGUACAAAUAUAAAAAAGCUUAACUUAGGUUAUUCAAUGCAUUAUUCGACGCACAUUUGUGAUAGAGACUUUAUAAUGUUAUUUGAAAUGAACAAAGGCCUAAGGUACUUGAAUCUUUAUCAGAUUAACAUAUCGGGCAAGUGCCUAAAUUUUCUCUCAUCUAAUGCAUUUGAAGAGCUUGUUUUAAAUUCUUGUGAUGGUAUUCAAGAAUUACACUUUGCCAAUGCAUUAGCAAAUCUGACCAGUUUGAAAAGUUUGUUGAUAAAGGACUGUAUAUGUGUUACAAGUCGUAUAUUAGAAGCAAUUGGAAAAUAUUGCACAAAUCUUAAAGAAUUCGAGUUAACUAGAGAAUGUCUAUUUCUAUCUGUCCCCAUAUGUGAAGAUGCAUUACAAAUAACGCAACUCGUUAAUCUUGAGAUUCUGAGACUUAUACAAAAUGUCUUUAUAAACGAUGAUUUUUUAAUUGUUUUGGCUUCAAAAUGUAGACAACUGAUCUAUUUAGAUAUUAAUGGCUGUCAAAACGUCACUGAUACGGGUUUACAAGCUGUGGCAACUUUACCAAAAUUAGAAACUUUAAUAAUUAGCAAUUUGAAUAAAGUAACAGCUAUAGGUUUGGACAAUAUGUGUAACAUAAGACAACUAGAAUGCAAAUCUUGUAUUUCGAUUAAUGAUACAGGCUUAGCUAUCCUUAUUCAUGUAUCUCCUAAUUUGGAACUACUUGAUCUCACUGGUUGCAAGGGUAUAACUAAUAAUAUUAUUGACGUGGCUGAAUAUGUUACAAGUCGUAGGUCCAAUAAUAUUUUCUUAAAAAUAUAUAUUGGUGGAACUAGUAUAACCCGUUAUAAUCAUACAUCCCCUAAUUUGCUAUUACUUCGCAUACCCUCUAACAAAGUACCUAAAAGUGUUUAAAUUUAAAUCUAAAUAUAACUAUAUGUAAUUAUGCAAUGGAUAUAUUUACUAUAAAUAAUCAAAUAAUACAGAAUAUAAUAAUACUCAGGUCUUAUGUUAGAUAUUUGGAGUUU